AUGGCAGAAAAGAAUGAGGAAAAUGAACACCAGGAAUAUCGGACAACCACAAAUGUCGUUGACCCUGGCGAAGUCCACGGUCGUGCCACACAACAGCAGGAACGCAACCGAAGUUACUGGCAGACCCUCAACCACGAUCCUUGGCUGCUUUUUUGGAUCGGGCCGGUCCUACUUUCUGCCUGUGUGAUCAAUCUCGCAUCCGUUGGAGUGGAGUUUGCGACUACCUCGAUCGGGAUGUUUUUCGGCGGCAAGAUGAUGAACUUUGUGGCUAUUGGGGUCUUCCUCAAUCUUUGCACGGCCUACGUCUCCGAUAUCUCUCCACUGGCAAUUCGUGCUUCGGUCAUCGGCUUCUGCAAUCUAUCACAGUGCAUCGGACCUUUUAUCUCGGCUAUCAUGUCUUACUAUACCUCGCAGUGGGACAACGACUGGUCAUGGAAGGCCCUCGUCUGCGCACAAUGGGGGUUUGCCGUCAUUGGAUUUAUCGGACAACUUUUCAUGCCCGAGUCACCGGUAUAUCUCAUUCGCAUGAAUAGAAUCGAAGAUGCCCGCGGGGUGCUCAAUCGCCUUUACUCGAAGUCUGCAGACGCAGAUGGUCAUCUCGAACGUAUCAAGAUCACUCUUGAGGAGGCCGAGACACAGAGGAAGUCGACAUACGCUGAGUGCUUCCGUGGCACCAACCUCCGCAGAACUAUGAUCGCGGUCCUCGUUUUCCUCGCCGAACCUAUGUCGGGUCUAGGAUUUGUGUCAAACUACGGGUCCUUGAUGUACCAAUACUUGGGCAUUGGUGAUCGACAAUCGUUCUUGAUCCAGAUUGGAGCUCAAAUCCUAUCCAUGUCGGGUGCUACAUUGUCAUUCUUGAUUGGAGACUUCUAUGGUCGACGACCUAUGUUCCUUGGGGGAUGCAUUGCUCUGACCACCCUACUGCUCUGUAUGGGUAUUGCAGGCUCUGUGGAUACUACUGCCGGUAUGAUGACCAUAUUAUAA